AUGACUGAACCAUUAUCCCCUUCCAUCUAUAAUAUGGCGUCAUACAAUCCUUCUCUAAUACCUGGCAUAGAAAAAGUAUUAAUUAUUGGCUCAGGUGGUCUUUCCAUUGGUCAAGCUGGUGAGUUCGAUUAUAGUGGUUCUCAAGCCAUUAAGGCUUUAAAGGAAGCCAAUAAAUUCACAAUUUUAAUUAAUCCAAAUAUUGCUACAAAUCAAACUUCUAAACUAUUGGCUGAUAAAGUGUACUAUUUGCCUGUUACUCCAGAAUAUAUAACUUACAUCAUUGAAAAGGAAAAACCUGAUUCCAUCCUGUUAACCUUUGGUGGCCAAACUGCUUUGAAUUGCGGUAUUGAAUUACAUGAUUCAGGAGUUUUUAACAAAUAUAAUAUAAAAGUCUUGGGGACACCAAUCAAUACAUUGAAGACUUCAGAAGAUCGUGAUUUAUUCGCAAAGGCCUUGAAUACAAUUAAUAUCCCAAUUGCUGAAUCAAUUGCUUGCAAUUCUAUUGAAGAUUCAUUAAUUGCCGCUAAUAAAAUUCAUUAUCCAGUAAUUGUUAGAGCUGCCUUUGCCUUAGGUGGUCUUGGUUCAGGUUUCGCUUCAAAUGAUAUAGAAUUAAAACAAUUGGCAUCUCAAUCAUUAUCAUUAUCUCCACAGAUCUUGGUUGAAAAAUCUUUAAAAGGCUGGAAAGAAGUGGAAUAUGAAGUCGUUAGAGAUAAUGCAGGGAAUUGUAUUACUGUUUGUAAUAUGGAAAAUUUUGAUCCAUUAGGUGUUCAUACUGGUGAUUCUAUUGUCUUAGCACCAUCUCAAACUUUAUCUGAUGAGGAAUUUCAUAUGUUAAGAUCUGCUGCUAUUAAAAUUAUUAAUCAUUUAGGUGUUGUGGGUGAAUGUAAUGUCCAAUAUGCAUUAAGUCCAAAUAGUUUAGAUUAUAGAGUUAUUGAAGUCAACGCAAGAUUAUCUCGUUCAUCUGCCUUAGCUUCAAAAGCUACUGGUUAUCCAUUGGCAUAUACUGCUGCUAAGAUCGCACUUGGUUAUAAUUUACCUGAAUUACCAAACCCAAUUACGAAGACAACAGUUGCUAAUUUUGAACCUUCUUUAGAUUAUAUUGUUUGUAAGAUUCCAAAAUGGGAUCUUUCUAAAUUCCAACAUGUAGAUAAACAUAUUGGUUCAUCAAUGAAAUCUGUUGGUGAAGUCAUGGCUAUUGGUAGAAAUUAUGAAGAAGCCUUCCAAAAAGCGUUAAGACAAAUCGAUCCAUCAAUCUUGGGUUUCCAACCAUCAAAUGAAUUCGGCUCCAAUUUAGAUAAUGCUUUAAAAUACCCAACUGAUAGAAGACCAUUUGCCAUUGCUCAAGCUUUAAUUGUAGAAAAUUAUUCCAUUGAAAAAUUACAUGAAUUAACUCAUAUCGAUAAUUGGUUCUUAUUCAAAUUAGAAAACUUAUCCAAAAUGUAUAAAUAUUUACAAACUUUGACAUUCAAAGAUUUAAACCAUGAAAUAUUAUUGAAAAGCAAAAAAUUAGGGUUCUCAGAUAAACAAAUCGUCACAUUAAUCAAAAAAGAUACUACUCAAUUAAAUGAAUUACAUAUUAGAGAAAAGAGAAAGUCCUUUAACAUUAUUCCAUUUGUUAAGAAAAUUGAUACCCUUGCUGCUGAAUUUCCAGCUAAUACUAAUUAUUUAUACACUACCUAUAACGCUACUAAAAAUGACGUUUCUUUUGAUGAUAAUGGUAUCAUGGUAUUAGGUUCUGGUGUUUAUCGUAUCGGUUCUUCAGUGGAAUUCGAUUGGUGUGCUGUUAAUACUGUAAAGACAUUGAGAGAACAAAAUUUGAAAACAAUUAUGAUUAACUACAACCCAGAAACAGUUUCUACAGAUUUUGAUGAAGUUGAUAAAUUAUAUUUUGAAGAAUUGUCUUUUGAAAGAGUCCUAGAUAUUUAUGAAAUUGAAAACUCUAAAGGUUGUGUUAUUUCAAUGGGUGGCCAAUUGCCACAAAAUAUUGCUUUAAAAUUAUAUGAAACUGAUAUUGUGAACAUCCUCGGUACAUCUCCAGUGGAUAUUGAUAAUGCUGAAAAUAGACACAAGUUUUCUUCUAUCUUAGAUUCCAUUAAAGUUGAUCAACCUGCUUGGAAUGAACUAACUUCACUCGAAAGUGCUAAAUCAUUUGCUAAUAAAGUUCAAUACCCAGUUUUAAUUCGUCCUUCUUAUGUCUUAUCAGGUGCUGCUAUGAAUGUUGUUUAUAAUGAUAAAGAUUUAAUUGAAAAGUUAACUAUGGCUAGUGACAUUUCUCCGGACCAUCCAGUUGUUAUGACUAAGUUUAUUGAAAAUGCAUACGAAAUUGAUGUGGAUGCAGUAGCUUAUAAAGGUAGCGUUUUAGUGCAUGCCAUCUCUGAACAUGUUGAAAAUGCUGGUAUUCAUUCAGGUGAUGCUACUUUAAUGUUACCACCACAAAGACUUUCUACCACUUUGCAAGCUACCCUCAAGACUGUUGCUGAUAAAGUUGCCAAAGCUUUCAAUAUUACUGGUCCAUUUAACAUGCAAAUUAUUCAUGAUCCUCAUUCUACUAAUGGAAAUAACUGUAAAGUUAUUGAAUGUAAUAUUAGAGCUUCAAGAUCUUUUCCUUUUGUUUCAAAAGUUUUAGGCGUUAAUUUCAUUGAUAUUGCUGUUAAAGCCUUUUUAGGUGAAAAAUAUAUCCCAAAACCAGUUGAUUUGAUGCAAGAUAAGAAAUACGAUUAUGUUGGUACAAAGGUUCCACAAUUUUCUUUUACAAGAUUAGCUGGUGCUGAUCCUUUCUUAGGUGUAGAAAUGGCAUCUACAGGUGAAGUUGCUGCCUUUGGUAAAAACCUAAUUGAAAGUUAUUGGACUGCUAUUCAAAGUACCAUUAACUUCCAUGUCCCAUUACCAGGUGAUGGUAUUUUACUUGGUGGUGAUGAGUUUUCAUUUAACAGUUUGGCUGAUAUUGUAUCUAUUAUCUCUAAACUUGGUUAUAAGUUGUUUGUUACCAAUGAUAAAAUUAAAGAAGCUCUAAAGUUUUACUCUAACGGUGUUGAUAUUAACAUUUUAAAUUUCCCAAUUAAUGAUAAGAAAGCUAUUCGUGAAUUAUUCCAAAACAACAAUAUUAAAUCCGUUUAUAAUUUAACUAAAUCAAGAGCUAACAGUAUUGAUGAUGUUAACUAUUUAAUGAGAAGAAAUGCCAUUGAUUUUGGUAUCUCAUUAUUCAAUGAACCAAACACAGCUAUUUUAUUUACAAAAGCAUUGAAAGAAAAGAUUCAAGAAAAAUUAACUACUUUAAAUUCAUUGCAAGCAACCAUUCCAGAAGAAGUAAGAUCAUGGGACGAAUUUGUUAAUAUUUAA